GCGCUUCCACAUUCAGUUGAACAGAAGGGAAGUCUGGAGACAGACAGCGAGUGUGCCCCGUCUCCCUCAUAGAUCAUUUCCACAGAUUUAUCUUGUUUCUGCACAGAGACAACUGAUGCUUCAAUGAACACGCGAUUUAAUUACCUGCCUUUGGAUGAAGUUGGAGUUUUCUUCUUGCAAAACAAACACAAUGUGACCAUGUUGAGUCAGUGACUGUGUUAUCCUUGUCCGAUUUCGGAGUACCUUUUAUUGAUCCAGGGAAGACGGACUUAAGAAUGGGCAAACUACAGUCAAAACAUGCGUGUAAGCGCAGAGAGAACCCUGAAGGAGACAGUUUUGUUGUGAACGCCUUCCUCCGGAGAGGGAUGGAGGAAUGUGAGAGGUACAGCGCGACGGAUCACAAGCUGAAGAACAUGCAGGAGUUUCCCAGGGGUGAGCUAAAGGAAGGACAAUUCACAGAUCAACACUGUCCCCUAGAGGUGGUUCUUCCUCCAGAGAAGGCGGAGGGCUGUGAAAACUAUUUGCAGUACCUGCACUCAGAGGACGGAGAGCGGGAGAUACUUAGAGAUGCAACCAAAGCUCCCGGGAAGAAGCGCAUCAGUCUGGAUGACUUGGAGUGUGACGUUUCUGUGGAGGAUGACAACCGUCAGGAGUGGAUCUUCACUCUUUAUGACUUUGACAACAGUGGGAAAGUUACAAAAGAGGACAUGUCCAGUCUGAUGCACACCAUCUAUGAUGUGGUAGAUGCCUCUGUGAAUCACUCCUGCCAUAAUAAGAGCAAGACUCUGCGUGUCAAACUGACCGUCACUCCGGAGCCCAGGUACCACAGAAGAGAAACCGGCACAGAUCGCUGUCACCAGGAAGAAGGGCGUUCAGCUGACAAGCGGCUGUCCUCCCACAUCAGCAGCAGAGGGCAGAGCAACGAGGCUCCGGCCACUGAUGGUCAGCAUUACUGUGUGGAUGAGAACACAGAGAGGAGGAAUCACUACCUGGACCUGGCUGGUAUAGAGAACUACACCUCCAGAUUUGAAGGAGCUACCCCUGCCUACCCUCCCCAGGAGGCCUACGGUCGGAGCUCCCAGAGCCAGAGCCGCUCACGCUCCCAGGAGCCAGAAACCCAAGUUGUUCACCAGCGCCGCUCACAGGUCAUCAGCGAUAGCUACAACCCUACAGAGUCUCGAAGCAAGGGCACACAGUUCCUCAAAUCCCCCAAAGGAACCUACAAGGGAAGUGGAGGGAAUAACGGGGGCAGCGGAGGGGGCAAAUCCACUAAAUGUCAUGGCUACCACCCGCCUCUUCAAACCAUGCUGCACAGUGGCAGCGCAGCAGGACACGGGGGUCAGGAUGUGUACCACUUGCCACACCAAGCCCAAUCCCACAGCCACCACCAGCAUCCUUUGCAAUACAGUCACAGCAAACGCCUUAGGGCAAAAGCCAGAGAAGCCAUGUCCCCAUCCAAAACCCCACUGUCCCCUCAGUCCCACCCCCAGCAGCAACCCCCUGUCCCCACUGUACUGCCAAGUCUGGAGAGAGAGCAGUCGUCUGUUCCACCUGGGACCCCAGGGUUUGUGGUUCCUGUGGUCCAGCGUCACGAGCACCACCAUCACCAUGAACACCACCAUCACCACCACUACCAUCAUUACCAUCAGACAUGACCGCGUUCAGUGUGCAGUGACUGAAACUGUACAGGACCAACCACAAUCAACCACACCAGUCUGAAGGACUUAACAUCAUCUCAUGCUCUGUCCAGGAUCUUUUUAUUCUCCUCUCACAAGCUAUACAGAUAUAUCCUGAGAUAAGAUGUAUUGAGGAAUUGUGUAGUGUGAUGGCAGAUGAUAAUUGGACCGGAAAGGUGUUUUUCUGAAGUUAUUGUGUAAUAACAAAAGAUGUGUGGCACGGUUUUGAAGUUUUUGUAGAUUUUCUGCUGGGACUGCUGCGUUCGUUACCCACGUUCAAUAAGGGUACAGAUGCCAGAAAGGAACAGAUCAGAGGACUUUUGAGGUGACAUCCUCUCCCUCCUGAUGCUGUAGGUUGAAGUCCCUGGAAGCUAGAAGUCAGAGUAGGUGUGUUGUUCUGUGUGAGACCUUUCCAAAACAUGGAUCUCAGGUGUAAAGGUGCUGCUGCUCUCAAGUUCUUCACAGAGGCUUCUUCCUCUGGGAGGCCUGAUGUGGACUGAGGGGUUUCCUGUUUGGGGGGGGGGGGGUAUGGAAUCACCACUGCCAGUUUUAAUGCAAAAAAUAUCUCGCUAUAUGUAUAAAAAAUUUAUAUAUGUAAACACAUUUUACUGUAUAAUUAUUAUACUGUAUAUGCAUAUUUCAUCAUGGAUAUAAUUAUGCAUAUAUGUAUUUUGUCUUUUAUAUAUUUUAAUAAACGUUAUAUAGUUCAGUUAUAUGAUUGCAGCAACAGUUUGUUUAUUUCUGCACAUAACACACUUGAUUAUGGUGUGUCUGCUGCCAGCAGCACAAAACCACUCAGUAUGAUGUUAUUUGUUGAGACUUUAACAUUAAAUUACCUAAAUGUGA